GACGUGUGUUAAAAAAUAUUUUAAAUUCAAUAUUUACAAAAAUAUGCUCAUCAGAGGUCCACUAAAAGUAGUUUAACAUGUUCUUAUAAUCCAUAAGAAUUUAUUGGGAUACUAUUCUGCCCUAAGAUUUGUAGAUGGAAACAACCCUAUUGGCACUUUAAACAGUAUUGCUUAGAACUCUUAGAACUUUAGUCUAACCAGAUGGACGAAAAAAAAACAACGUAAUGUCAGUGUCACUGUCAUGAGUGUCAGAAUUUGCAAUGCAGUGUUUGCAUUAUUUGGUGAAUUUAUCACCAUUUAUUACCACGUGCUUUGUAGUUGUAGAAAAGCCGAUAUUCUACGGAAUAACGACAUUAUCUACAAAAUGUGUUGAAGCGCCGGCUAACAUAAUUUUAAACACCUCUUUCUCCAUAUCGUUAAAAAUGGCAAUGCUAUACGACGAAUUUAAACCAAUCGUAGAUCUGGUUCUAAACAAUUGGACUGCUUUGCAAUUGGCUAUAGAUCAUGGAAUGGGUUCCAGUGGACCGAAAACAGGCCAACUCGUAUCAGACUACGUAACCCGGUAUUGUGUUGAAAAUUUGGGAGGAGACGUUGAUAACCUUACUGAAGUGUUAGAAGACUUGAUGGACGAAGAAUUCGAUACUGUGUGUGAGGAUAAUUCACCUAAGGAAGUAGCAAUUGUACUGCUACAAUACUUCACAUUACUCAGAGGGGGUAAUCGAGAUGAAUUACAAGCAAGAAUUGCCGCAAUGCCUGUUUGCCAAAAGGGACUCAGCCAGAAUGUUAAACAACCAACGAAUCCUGGUGAUCCUGAUGAUUCAGAUAGCAGUAGUGAAGAUGAAGUUGCUCCUACAAAUGGCACUGUACCACCAUUCAUUCAUAAUCAACAACCUGAACCUGAACCAAUGGAUGAAGAUGUAGACCCGGGCUGGACUGUAGUGAGAACUAGGAGAAAAAAAUAGUAUAGUCUCUUAAUAAACUACAGUCGGUACCAAUAAAACUAAUGUUUUGAUUACUGAAUGAGAAGAACAGACAUCAAAGAAUUAAAAUAUCAGUGUAUUGUAUAUCAUUGUACAAGGGUUAUGAAAUGAAAUAUUUGUAAUAAUUUAAGUGAUGUUAAUUUGGCAUAUUAUUUUACUACCCAUGAAAAUAUUACCCGUGUACCUUGCUUGUAUAAAAUAAAAUGAGCACCUAGCAAAGGCUGUCCAUUUACUACCCCCUGGCUCAUUUUCUAUCUUCUCAGGACACUGUAGAACUAUUGUCCUCAGUUUCAGUUUAUUAAUUUUUAAAAAUUAUUUUUGAAAAAUGCUAAAUGUUUAAGGGAAGAUUUAGGAUUUUUCAAAAAUAUUUUUUAUAACUUGAAUUAAAAAGAAAAAGUGGUGGAGAAUGCAACUUUUUAUAUAUUAUAAUGUGUGUACACAGCUCUAUCAAAAUUACUUGCAAGUAACAUCUAGACUAGUUAUAUAUUUUUAUUAGAGGCACACAUGUACUUUCCCUUCUCUUUAACAUCCUAUUCUCUCCUUCUUGUCCCCCUUAUCCCUAGGAGAGAUUUAAAUUUUUAGCAGAUGGCAGUGUCAAUUGGCCGCAUCACUAAAGGCGAAUUUAAAAAAGUUGUGGCUUUCAGACAGAACUUAAUCAAAGAGAUGUGUGCGGUUAGGUAGUUUUGUAUAUAUUUAUUACAUAGUAUAGAAUGUAUUAUAUAUUAUAUCUACAUAUGACUAUUUACAUAUUUGUGUUAUUUCAUAUCCCAUUUAUGUAUUGUAGGUUAUAGGAUAUAAAGGUUUACCUAUCUUUUAGGAAAUUAAAUAUUUUAUUUUAUGCCU